UCCUCUUCCGGGUGCAGGCGGCCCGGUGCCCCGGAUGUGCCUCUGCCGAAAGCAUCUUUGCUUCCCCGCCUCCCCUGGACCCCCAGGGGAAAAUUUCGUUGUGCCUUCUCUUCUCUCGCCGAGCAUGAGUGUCAUCCCCCAGUUUGCAAUUCCCUAAAUCGACUCCAUUUCCCUUGGCCCAGUCGGGAAGGCCUUUAUCCAGUCAUGCCAAAGAGGAAAGUGACUUUCCAAGGCGUGGGAGAUGAGGACGAGGAUGAGAUCAGUGUGCCCAAGAAGAAGCUGGUAGACACCAUGGCUCCUGUCGGGGGCCCUGGGAGCCGCUUCAAAGGCAAACACUCUUUGGACAGUGAUGAGGAGGACGAUGAUGAAGAGGGGUCCAGCAAAUAUGACAUCCUGGCCUCAGAGGAUGUGGAAGGUCAGGAAGCAGCCACACUGCCCAGUGAGGGAGGGGUGCGGAUCACACCCUUCAACCUGCAGGAGGAGAUGGAGGAGGGACACUUUGAUGCCGAUGGCAACUACUUCCUGAACCGGGAUGCUCAGAUCCGAGAUAGCUGGCUGGACAACAUCGACUGGGUGAAGAUCAAGGAGCGGCCCCCGGAUCAGAAGCCCCCAUCAGAAGACUCUGAGGACGAGGAGAACUCGGGCCAGACCCCACUGAGCGCCCAGGCCCUGUUGGAGGGUCUCCUGGAGCUGCUGUUGCCGAGAGAGACAGUGGCCGGAGCACUGAGACGGCUGGGGGCCCGGGGAGGAUGUAAACAGGGUGGCAAGGGGCCAGCGCGGCCCAGCUCCCCGCAACGCCUGGACCGACUUUCUGGGUUGGCGGACCAAAUGGUGGCCCGGGGCAACCUUGGCGUGUAUCAGGAGACAAGGGAACGGCUGGCCAUGCGGCUGAAGGGUUUGGGGAGUCGAACCCAGGGAACCCCUGACCCCACCCCUCCUCCCUCUCUGGAUAUGUUUGCUGAGGAAGUGACAGAGGGGGAGCUGGAGACGCCCACCCCAGUCCCAAGAGGAGAAGCAGAGUCUUCCGGCGAUGGUCUCCCCGACGUGAUGUGGGAGUAUAAAUGGGAGAACACGGGGGAUGCUGAGCUGUACGGGCCCUUCACCAGCACCCAGAUGCAGACCUGGGUGAAUGAAGGCUACUUUCCAGACGGUGUUUAUUGCCGGAAGCUCGACCCUCCUGGUGGACAGUUUUACAACUCCAAACGUAUUGACUUUGACCUCUACACCUGAGCCCGCUAGCGGCCACUUCUUUCCUGGACUGUGCCAUGCAGACAUUGGAGGCCACUUUUGCGUUUCCCUUUCCCAAUAAAAGCCUUUAGUUGUGUAUUAGG